AUGGCCACAUACGCCCAAUUCAAGCACGUCGAGCUCUACAAGAUCGGUCAUGGAAAGAAUAGAGUUCCCAAUGCCCCCAAGAGCUGCAUCGCAGAGAUUUUCAAUGCUGACUGCACGGAUGGCGGCAGCCCCAUCAAGAACGGCUCCAGCCGUCCGCGCGUGGUCAGGGACACCCCCACUCGUCCCAGAGACACACAUUCUCGCCUUUUUGGACAGGCCGCAAACAACUCUCAAUCGGCGCCAAUGAUCACAGAUACCAUUCGAAGCCACAUUCAGUUUGGUAACAGCGAGAUGAACGGAAGCCCCGCGCACUCGCCCAAGAUGAACGGCAGCUCGCACUCCACGCCCAGCCGAGUAACAUACACGCCACCGAAGAGGAAUCCUGUGACCGGGGACGGAGUGCCCCUGCCGCCACCGCGCCGCAGACAUCCAGCCGCCAGCCUGCGAGGUGCUUCACCUAACACCUAUCCACUUUGUGACCUAGAUCCCCAACCUACCCAUCGAUAUUACACGCGAGAAUGGCCGCCAGUACCAGCUCAUUAUUACGUAGAAUCUACUACCAAGCCAAUACAAAACAUUUGUCACACUCCUUAUUCCUUAUUAGGCUUACAAACUGAUGAUCCAGAUAAAGUUCAUCCUAUAAUAGAUCCAAACUCUCUUUCUCCCCAAUUAGUUGUCGACAGGCACUGGCCGCCUUUUCCAGCCCAACACUACUUAGAGCCACAUGAAUAUAAUAUUCAGUAUCAUCCUUUGCCACCCCACGCCUUUGUUGGCAUGACUUCUGCUUUGGGCGAACGUCCCCAGCCUGAUUACAAGUAUAAUCCAGUGCCAACUUUGGAUGGACCAAUAGAUCCAUUUAUAAUUGCGAAUUCCGAUCCCCCUCCAACUUUGUUCAGAUAUGAACGUGACGGUCCGAUUCCAGAUGUAUCAUUGCUCCAAACAUCUUCUGGCCCAGGCCCCAGUACUUUAACGGGUUUCCCUCCUAUAUUCCAUAAAUAUGUUCCCGGAUACCUCUUUAGACUCGACCAGCAUGCUGAAGACUUCAAUCAUAAGACGUACUAUGUAGACUAUGUUCGCCGAAGAGAAUUUGAAGGCAACCCGAUCACUGGCGACGGCUACAAAUCUCUCAACGGUCAAAUAAACACUGUGACGUCAAUAAAUGGCAACAGCAGCAUUCUUCAUAAUCGCGUACCGCCUGGUGGAUUCUCCUCUGGGCUCUGG